UUAUAAUGAUAGUUUAGAAUCCUUUUGGAUAGAAUUAGCUGAAAACUUAGGAUUUGUAAAUAAGAAUAAUUUAGAAUUUAGUAGUUUAAAAAAAGCAAGCAUCUCAUAUGCUGCUAAUUAUUCAAAACAUGAAGAUGAAAAGAGAGAUGCUUGUAUGGCUGACAAAGAAAAAAUGCUUGACAAAUUAAUUACAAUGCAAUAUACAAAGAUAAAUGGUGAAUCUCAUUACUUCAAUAGUAAAAGAGAAACACUGAUAAAGGUUUUUGAUGUUUCUGAAUCUGAUUUAAAAAUUUUAAAUCAAGCAGAGUUUUCAAACCUUUUGGUAUUUUUUUGUAAUUAUGCAAUAUUACCAUAUAAUUCUGAUUCUUAUUUGUGCAAUGAUCAAAUUGAACAUAAAAA